AUGAAAUUGGGCAUCCUGGCUCACGGUCUUUCAAACAUAAUUGAAGUUUUAGUUUUCAGUUAUAUGUGAAUAGAUCAACUAUAAGCGCGCAUGAGAGGCGCUCUUCGAGCGCCUCUUGCGCGCGCCAUGAGUCGAUCUAUUCACAUAUAACUGAAAACUAAAACUUCAAUUAUGUUUGAAAGACCGCGAUCCAGGAUGCCCAAUUUCAUACUUUUAUUAUAAAUCAUAUUAAUUUAAAAACGUAAAUUAUAAACUUAAAGAUUAAUUGAACCUAGGCUAGGCUAGGAUUUUAAUUGCUAUCUAAUUCAAUCAAUACCUACAUACUUGAUAUUACUUCUUAUCUGUAAAGAGUUGAUCUAUUCAAAGGACUAAUUUAAAUUCAUAUUAAUACCUACUUAUAUACGGACACUAUACUAAAUGUUAACAAUAACUGAUGAACGAAUACACUAGAACUCCAAUUAGUACUUAAUUCAAUCAAUACCUACAACUAUUAAAUUAUUGCUCAUGCAUAACGAUAGUUGAUAUAUUCAUUUUUAUUGCGUUGGAAUGAGUGUCAUUGCUAUGAUGUGAAUAAAUACAUAAUAGGUGUAAAAUUAAAUAAUUAAAUCAGUUGCACAGAAAACUUUAUUUUCUAAACCAUUGUUUAAACACAACACUUUACAAUUAUUUGCACAUAAAAAUAUAGUUUUAGAAAUAUCCGGUUCUAUUUUCAGCUGCUAAAUUGUCAGUAAUUUUAGAAAUCAAAUCUUGAGCACUUUUGUAAAUUUCAUCCUUGAAAAGGUUUUUCACAAUAUGCUGGCAACAAAUAUCAGCAUUGCACUUGCAUAUACCUUCACCUUUUAAUCUUUCAGCAUCAUAUAUUUCUAGCUUGAUUACUUUAUGUCCUUCCAUAGGCAUUUUGAUGUGUGAAUAAAUAAUACUUUCUAAUUUCCUCCUUCUUAGGUUGGAGUUUUCACCACCUUGUUUUGCAAGGAUAUGAUCUGGUGCAAUGAAAUUGAACAUCGAACCCGAAUCCUGAAACAUAAAAAAAAUACAUGUUAUCCAUUUAUCCAUUUAUAAGUAGGUAACUUACUAAUAAACAUAAAAAAAAUUACAAUAUAGAUCCAAAGAAACAAAAAAAAAUACUUACAGACAUGAUGAUGUGUUGACACGUCCGUCCUCUCUUUACGAACAAAAUUAUGAGUAUAAAUAUAUAUAUUUGCUUUUAGAAUAUCCAACAUACAGGGUGUUGUAAAAGUGGUAUAGUAACCCCAGAGCGGAUGACUCUGGGUAAUCAUUCUGAACCACUUGUUCUACGAUAAAUAAAGUAGUCGUAGUACGGGUUAGUUAGUCACCCCUUUUCUGCUUAAGUACUAUCCUUUUUUAACACUCUGUAUAAAAUAAAGCUCUAAAAUCUGUUCGUUCUUAUUCUUUUACUUUCCAAAAUUCGAAAAUAAAUAGCAAGUAAACCCUGGUUUAGUUACUAGUAUUGUCAAAGUAUCGAGUGCCGACUAAUUAGGAUAAAAUGCUGACUCAAAAACACGUGUGGUACUGCACACUACAACAGUCCAUGCAUCUCUUUUUACGGGCAAUUGUGACGUCGUACUCUCGUUCAACAGAAGCUAAACACAUGUACAAUGCAAAGUUUACUUAUAGGGGUGAAAUGGCGGGAGUGAUUCAUUUUUUUCGUCACCGGCUACCUGGUUUAUCAGAUCAGUCAAUCAAAAGAAAACUUGUGUUUUAUCACUCCAGUACUUAUUGAAAAUGUAAGUAUUCAUUAUUAAGGUUCUUUUAAUUACUUGAAUUAUCGAACCAGUUAUACAAUAAGCGUAUGAAAACUAACGUUACUCAUUCUUUAUUUUAGGGCAAGCGCAAGUCGAGCUGACAUCAUUCUGAGCCCUGAAGAGAGCUCCUCGAGCAGCAGCAGCAGCAGCAGCAGCGAGAGCAGCGCCAGCAGCCGGGAGGCGUCGCCGGUGCGAGUGGCCGACCCACCAUCCUCAUCAUCUGCUAAGAAAUCUAAGAAAAGGAAAACUGAGAAAGAAAGAAAGCCUGCUGCCCCCGCUAAAAAACGGUCUAAGAAAGAAAAUACAGAAAAAACUUCAAAGAAACGGGAUGGAACUACUAAGUUGAAGAAAGAAAACCAAGUGAAGGCUGCAACGCAACUUGAAUCUCGACCGAGUACUUCAUUGAAAACCACAGCUAAGGACAUUAUGGGCGUAGAUUCGGAUAUCGAUGAGGACUUAUUGAACAAUGGUAAAAAAAGUGACUUAAUCUCAUAUUUUAGUCGGCGUGUGGCUAAUGGUAUAUCUAAACAAACCCAUCCCGAUUUGCAGGGUACCCAUUUUAUUGACUUGAAACUUUAUAUGUGUAGCGAAAUUGAAAAUGUAAGUCCGAUGAAUAGGUGGCGUCAUUCAAUUGUAACUGUAAAAGCAAAAUCAAAUGACGAUUCAGAUGCUUGGAAGUAUUUAAUUAAGUUUUUACAGGAGAUUAAGAAAGAUUUUAAGGAUUCUCCUGUGACUUAUGUUAGCUCCUAUAAUCAGAAUAAUUAAAAUAUAUUAUCAUUUUAUUCAUAGUAAUUAAAAUGUAUUAUUUUUCAAUUUACUUAAUAAUUACAGUUCUACAUCUUAUUUAACCAAAUAUUAACUAUUUACUUACUCGUUUAAAUAAAUAUAAUCCUUAUAACUUACUCUUAUUACAAAUAAAAAUAAAAUACAAUUAACAGUAUCUUUAUGUUUUUCUUUCAGGCACUCACCUUAUCCCAAAUAUGACAGAAAACAUUAUUAAGAUUGAUAAUGGUUUAUAUUUAUGUUCGAAAUGUAACAUUCAUCUUAAGAAAAGUAGUUUAAAAUGUCACUUCAGAACAAACUUACAUAAAAAAAAUUGCUUAUUGUCGAGUCAAUUCAAUAAUGUAAACAUAAUUGCCACUGCUUUCAGAGAAAGAAUAACUUCUUACCGAAUAAAUCCGACAGAACUGUCAUGUGAUGGUCUUGAACAGUUUAUUAGUUCAAAUGAAAGUACUAUAACAGAAUUAAUCAACUUGUCCUUAAUCAAGCAUAGGGCGCUCAAAAUAAAUUUUGAAUUAUUUGCUUAUUUUAUGUUACCCACUUCUGAAGAAAAACAAUUAAAAUCUUUCAAUACAAAAUUCGUUGCUGUUUUUCAAAAUGCUGACUUAAAAGAUCUUUAUUCAAAGAGUAGAGAAAUAUUUUCCCAAAAAAUGACUGAAUUUCAGCACUGUGAAUCUGGUUGGUCAUUUAUUUCUGUAAGCCAUUUAGAAGUUAACAUCAAUAGAUACUCUCCACUUAGGGGUGGUAGUAGUUAUUUAGAAUUGCCACAAGCAAUUAGAAGCACUAAGAGCUGUUUAAAUAUAAAAAAUAAUGAUGAUCAUUGCUUUGCCUGGUCAAUUGUAGCUGCAUUGUUCCCUUGUAAUAAAAAUGCGAAUCGAACUAGUUCGUAUCCGUGUUACUCAUCAGUUUUAAAUGUGAAAGGUAUGAAUUUCCCUCCAUCACCGAAUGAUAUUAAAUUAUUUGAACAAAAUAACGCUAAUUUAAGUGUGACUAUAUACGGUUUAGAUAAUAAAAAUCAGAUUACAGGACCGUUAUACUUAACAAAUCAAAGAAAGAUAAAUCAUGUAAAUCUACUAUAUUUUCAGGAAGGUUCUAAGGGACACUACUGUUUAAUAAAAGACUUAGUAAAAUUAACACGGAGACAGAUAAGUAGACAUCACGGUAAACCGCACUUUUGUGAAAACUGUCUGCAGUUCUUUGUUACAAAAGAAAAAUAUGAUUCACAUGUUUGUUCAAAAGUUCUAACUGUUUUACCUAGCGAGAACACAAAAAUUACGUUCAAAAACUAUGAGAGGCAACAGAAAAUAAAUUUUGUCAUAUAUGCUGAUUUUGAAAGUUUAUUAUUAAAUCAUAGUGCUAAAACCUCUAAAAAUACAAGUCAGUUUAAACAACAUCAACCGUCAUGUUUUGGAUACUAUGUUUGUUGUUCCCAUGACUCAAGUUUAAAUAAAUAUGUUUCUUACAGAGGUGAAGACUGUGUUAAAGUAUUUAUUGACUACUUAAUAAGAGACGUGAAAUAUAUUUCAAAUAUAAUUAAUGAUAAAAAACCAAUGACCCCCUUAACAGAGAAGGAAAAAGAACUAUUUAAUUCAGCUAGUCGCUGUCAUAUUUGUAAACAGUCUCUGAUACUUGAUAAAGUCGCUGAUCAUGAUCACAUUACUGGUAAAUUCAGAGGAGCUGCACAUUCUCAAUGUAAUUUAUUAUACCGUGUUUGUCCAUUCAUUCCAGUAUUUUUUCAUAAUCUUUCAAAUUAUGAUUGCCACUUGUUUAUAGCUGAAUUAGCCAAAUAUCCCGGUGAUCUAAAGAUUAUACCGAAAACGAAAGAAAAAUAUUUAACAAUAACCAAGUACUUAAAAAAUGUAAAAAAUCCAUCAUCUUCUAUUCAAAUUAAAUUUUUAGAUUCAUUUCAGUUUUUAAGUUGCAGUUUAGAUAAUUUAAGUAGAAAUCUUACAAAUGAGGAUUUAAAACACCUAUCACAAGAGUUUAAAUCAAAAGAGCAAUUAAAACUUCUUAGACAAAAAGGUAUUUACCCGUAUGAUUACAUCGAUUCAUGGAUAAAAUUUGAUGAAAAGUGCUUACCUCAGAAAAGUAAGUUUUAUAAUACUUUAACCGAGUCCCACAUAACUGAUGAAGAGUAUAAACGUGCUCAAAAUAUUUGGAAUACUUUUCAUAUUAAAAAUCUAGGAGAAUACACAGACAUGUAUCUGAAAUGUGAUGUUUUAUUAUUGUGUGAUGUUUUUGAAAAGUUCAGGCAUAGUAGCCUUCAGUAUUACGGACUUGACCCUGCGUAUUAUAUAACAUCUCCGGGUUAA